GUUCGCGGUGCUGACGACGCGCCGCCACGGCGGCCCGGCCGAUGCCGAGGUCCCCGUCGGCGGGAAGGUUCUUUGCGAGUACACCAUACCCACCGGUACGCCGUCGCCGCGACCCGCAAGCUCACGGCCUCACGGCCUGCCGCCAUUUCCCCCUCAACGGAUAAGGGCAGCGCCGAGAGCGGCGCCCUCGCAAAUACGAAGCAGCGCUGUGGCCAGGGCGCCGGGGCAGCAAGAGGCAAACCUCCACGACUCUCCGGAGACGCCAGGACGCGCCCGGCGCACGAAGAAGCUGCCAGGAGCCGCGCUAGGCAGGCGGCCACUACCAAAGGCAGCGGUGCCGCAGCGGUGCCGGCGAGGCUGCCCCGCGCACACAAGAUGGACGACGAGCUCCCCCCCCUCGCCCGCGACAGCGCAUCACCGCCGCGGCGCCUCAUGCACGCGCCCGAUUUGGGACCGGCCCCCAGCGUCCCAGACGUCGACGCGAACAUCGGCCGAAAGGAUUUGAGGUACGACGCCCUCGUCGAGGCCGUCCGGCGCCAGAACUGGGCCUGCGCGAAGCGCAAGAAGCGCAAAGCUUUACCGGUCAAGCGGAGCACGGAGGACGUCGAGAGCCAGUCGACGGCCUUUUCUACCAGUACUGGUAUACAGAUAGCCCAGAUAAAGAAGUGCUGCGAGUUCAUUGACCAGACCUUUGGCGACGGCGACGGCGAGAUCUCCUUGCCGGAGCUCGAGGCGGCUUUUCGACGAAUGAGGAGGGAACGGGCGGCGGUUCGGCUGCGGGAGCGCGGCAGAGCUCUCGGCCGACGCCUAGCUGUUUUGUUAAGAAGAAGGGGCCACGACUGCGUGUCCUUCGUGAAGUGCGUCGAUGCUGGUUCGAAGGAUGGGAAACUCACACCGGUCGAGUUGGAAAGAGGUAUCAAGAAGUACGUCGACGAGGACAAGCAGAUGGUCUCGUCGGGCGCGCUCGGUGCGGCUGGAAGUGCGGAUCUUGGGUUGGACUCGACGUCGCGCGCGGUCAUCGCCCAACACAGAAGGGAGAUGCGCGACCGUAUCAAAGAUGACGCCGCCGCGUUGAUAGCUUUAGAACAGUCCGCUGUUCUAGAUGACUCCUUCGGCGUGUCCGACGCCACGACGCAAAACCUCAAAGGGAAAAUAACGUUCUCGGGCCAGGACAUCACCGACUUGAUUCGCUUCUUAGACCCGAACGCCGACGGCGACGUCUCCGCGACGGAACUCCAAGCAGGCUUGGACCUGGCCAAAGCGCCGCCCCCGCAACAGAGUUUUUGUGACGACUCCUUCGUCCUGAUGAACAAGUUCGAAGCGUCGAUGAAGAAAAAAGCACAAACUGUGGUUAGAUUGUUCCACGAGAUCGACGCCGACCGCAGCGGCAAGCUCGAUAUUAGGGAGCUCGGGGUGGCCUUAGAUGCGCUCGCGGGGCCUUCUGCCCGAGAGCGGGCGCUGAAAAAGCUCGCUGAAAAGCGGGAGCGCCAGGAGCGCGAGCGCCAGCGGAAGGAGGAAGCCGAUCGACUUGCGAGAGAAGCGCGGAAGGCCAAGGCCGAGGCCGCCGGCGCGCCUCGAGUGUUGGGUCGCAUCGACGCGAUUCUCAAACAAAAGGACCUCAGAAUCAUCGACCUGUUCAGCGCGUCGGGCUUCGACACGUCCGGGGACGGGUUGCUGAGCGCCGAGGAGAUGCGGGGCGCGCUCGCGAAGGCGGGGUUGAAGCUGAAUCGCAUCGAAGCGCGGGCGCUGAUCGAGUACUUGGAUGAUGACAAUUCCGGCGAGAUCGACGCGAAAGAACUCGAGAACGCCCUCCGCCAGUGGCGCCGCGACUUCAGCGAGGAGCACGCCCACCCGAAGCCCCACGAGAUGUCCAAAAAUCAUGCCCUGAUGGCCGCGAAAGCGGCAAGAGCCCGCCUGCACGAGAAGUCGCUGCGCGAGCCCGCCGACGGCUUCGACCCCAUCGCUUUAUGUUUCAGCUACGACUGGCUGCCGACGCUGGACACGUUUCUGGCGAAGCGGACAGGUCCCCAGGACGGCCACGCGCGGCGCGCCGUCGCGCGGGAGGCGCUCCGCAUCAAGCGCGAGCGGCGCGCGGCGGCGCUGGAGGCGAGCGUGACCGGUGGUGGCGGCGCGGGAUAAGGUGUUUUCUUUAU